AUGCCAGAACAACACAGUCCUACUUCCUCAUAUGCCGAGACCGAGUGUGCAGACUCAGAUAUCGACUCAAACGAUUGUCAGCGCCAUGACGAGGUCAAGUGCUCGUUCUUGGCCAAAGACGUACCACGCGUGUGGGUGCGCACGGCACCUAUCAGCAUUCCGUCUUGGAGUCGCCAACACCUGCAUUCAGAUUGGUGCGAGAACGUCGUUGAAAGCCCCGGUCUGUCCUACCACGCUGAUAUGCAGCUAUUGCGUGCCGGUCGCUACCUGCAUGUAGACGAAGAUGACUGCGACGAGCUGGAUGAAGAUGAUCCGGCGUUUUACGGCAAUCUGGCCUUCUUCCGCUCACAACAUGGUGUCUCACAGAGUUGUAUGACAAAGAGUAGCACGUGUACAUCCAAAGCCAUCGCUUCUCCUGCCUCCCCCACUGGCGUGGACGACCGUGACGAAGACAUCUUUGCUAUGGAGCUCUAA